AAGAGGCGUGGCGCGGCAGCCACGUCACCGGGAUAGGGGUGCGUGUAGGUGACGUGGCGGCUCCUGUUCUUUGGUCCGGCCGGCUUCCACUGCUUACAAGUCCGGCGAGGAGGCGGCAACGACCUGGGGAGAUUGGCGGUGGUGAUAGCGGUAGGCAACAGAAGAGGAAAGGUCUUGUUGAGGAAAAACUUUGGCGCUGUCCAAUCAGUGGCUGCAGUCUUCCAACAGGCGGAACUUUGACGGAGUCCGAGGUUAUGCGACUCGAUGAUCCCGCGGAAACGCUACGGAUCUAAGAACACGGAUCAGGGUGUCUACCUGGGUCUCUCAAAGACACAGGUUCUGUCCCCUGCAACUGCUAUCAGUAGCAGCAGUGACAGCACUCCUUUGCCCACCCCGGUGGCCCUGGUCCCCUCCCCUCCCGACACCAUGUCCUGCCGGGAUCGGACCCAGGAGUUCUUGUCUGCCUGCAAGUCGCUACAGAGCCGUCAGAAUGGAAUCCAAACAAGUAAACCAACUCUUCAUGCUGUCCGACAAUGCAGUGAAUUUACGCUCAUGGCCAGGCGCAUUGGGAAAGAUCUCAGCAAUACAUUUGCCAAGCUGGAGAAGCUAACAAUCUUGGCAAAGCGCAAGUCCCUCUUUGAUGAUAAAGCAGUAGAAAUUGAGGAGCUAACAUACAUCAUCAAACAGGACAUCAAUAGCCUCAACAAACAAAUUGCUCAGCUUCAAGAUUUUGUGAGGGCCAAGGGCAGCCAGAGUGGCCGGCAUCUGCAAACCCAUUCUAACACCAUUGUGGUCUCACUGCAGUCGAAACUGGCUUCCAUGUCCAAUGACUUCAAAUCUGUUUUAGAAGUGAGGACUGAAAAUCUGAAACAGCAGAGGAACCGUCGGGAGCAGUUCUCCAGGGCACCAGUGUCGGCCCUGCCUCUGGCCCCCAAUAACCUUGGAGGUGGUCCCAUAAUUUUGGGAGCAGAGUCCCAAGCCUCCAGGGAAGUGGCAAUCAACAUGAUGGACCCUAGAACGAGUCAGCAGCUUCAGCUCAUUGAUGAGCAGGAUUCCUACAUCCAGAGUCGGGCAGACACCGUGCAGAACAUUGAGUCUACAAUCGUUGAGCUGGGCUCCAUUUUUCAGCAGUUGGCACACAUGGUUAAAGAACAGGAGGAAACGAUUCAGAGGAUCGACGAGAAUGUGCUUGGAGCCCAGCUGGAUGUCGAGGCGGCCCAUUCAGAGAUCCUCAAGUACUUCCAGUCAGUUACCUCCAAUCGGUGGCUCAUGGUCAAAAUCUUCCUCAUCCUCAUUGUCUUCUUCAUCAUCUUUGUGGUCUUCCUUGCCUGAACCCUCGUCCCUCAUUCUGAGCCACUCCAUGGAGGACUUGGGACCCUCCUGGGAGGGCAGGUGGCUACCAUUGCCACUGAGCCUGUGCAAGGUGGUUGGGAGAAAGGCCAUUUCCUUGGGACUGCUAAGAAUGGCCAGUGUCCCUGACUCCCACCCUGUCUCUGGCCACUCUGUCCUACCCUCAGGCCCAUCAAACACACUGGUUCUGGAUUUGGACUCUGCUGUGAAGUGGCUAGAAGCCAGCUAGGGGCCAGUGGGGAAGGUUGUCUCCCAUGAGAUUUUUAUAUACCGAUACCAGCCUCCCCAAAGGUAACUGGCAGCAAGAGGAGAGAAUGCCCUUCCUUGCCUUCUUGAGAGUGAGGCAAGGAAGUAAAACUAUCCCAGGGACCAACUUUAUCAUCUGGGUCAGCUAGAGCCUGACUGCCGCCUUCUCCUCACCAUGUGAGGUGAGGGGACUCUGAGCCCUACAGUUGCCUGCACAAACCUGACUUUGGCUACUGGUGACUCUCAAUCUGCCAAAACAUGCUGCAGCCUGUUUCCUCCCAAUUACAGCAAGACUGUCAGCCUCA